AUGUUCUCGCUCCCACAAUCUCCCCCGUCGAACGCACUAUCGAGUGAUGGCACCGGUAUUGGGAGGGCUUCAGAGUCCGAGAUUGCCCUUGACGAGGACUCACGGACGGUCGAGCAUUUCUUGCGUAUGAUAUGCGGCCUGGCCAUUCCAGAGCUUGAUUCGUGGGACGUCGUCGAUCCCCUUCUGUAUGCUGCGGAGAAAUAUGACACGCCAGGACCUGUGUCGAUCAUACGUGCGCUCCUUCGCACACCUCCCUUCCUCGGGGCACCCCUUCAUCUAUACGCAACCGCAUGCAGGUGGGGUUGGGAGCUCGAAGCGCGGAUCGCGGCCACGCUGACCCUCUCUCUUAACCUCUACGCGCCCGAGAAUCGCGCAGGCCUCCUGAAGCUCAAAACACACUCGCUCCUUGCGCUCAUCGACCUGCAUCACUCCCGCCGCGAAAAGCUCCGUGCGCGCCUCAGCCAGCCCCCAUUUCUUACAGAUGGGCAGAUGGGCGAUGGAUCCGCUCGGUGUCCUCGCUGUGGCGAUGCCCUCGACUACGUCGCUUGGCGCGAGCUGAAGCUUCACAUGAUCUUGGAGAUCGAUCUCAAGCCCUCGGGGGAGUCAUUCAAGGAGGGGCUCGAGUCGUGGCCGGCUGCGAAGGCGUGUUGGGCAGCAAAAUGUAGGAAGACCGGGUGUAUGAGCUCGGUUUUCGACAAGGUGCUCACAUCGCGCGUCAUCCUCGAGGCUAUUGCUGCGUUGCCCAAUUCUGUCGAGGGACCUAUAGAAUGA